AUGGGGAUGCUAACGUUCGGUCGCUUCCUCAGCCGGCCUUACCCUCACUACCGGGACGGCCCAACCAUCUUCUCCUUCCAACAACAGUUCAUGAUGGAGGACGCUCGCGCCCAACGCCGAAAGUCCGAUUCCACCAUGGGUGAUUCCGUGGCCUCGACGCCGGCCGUUGACUACGUCGAGAACCCCUUCGAUGACCUUGACAACGAUGACUUCUACUCUCCGCCUGCCACCCCCGGUCGCCUGUCUCGCAACCCUUCCUUUUCCAACAGCAGCUCAUACCAAGAGGACUGGGAAACCUUCCCGCCACUCGACAAGUUGAGCAUCUUCGACCUGCUCGACAACUUCCAGCUCUCGCAGCGCUUCGAGAAAUGGCAGCUCGCGCUCAGUAUGCAGAGAGAAAAGGUGCGCAAGCAGCGCGAGAAAAUCCGGUCAACGGGCAUGAACGCCAAGGACCGCGUGGUCGGGGAAUUCAAGCGACGCGUCCCCACCGCGGACGAACAGCUUGACAAGUACCGCCGCCGCGUGAAGAAUGGUGUGGACCGUCUGGGCAAGCAGUGGAGUCAGACGGCCACUGUGACUGUGCGCGAGAAGAUCUCAUUCAUCGCCGGUGUGCUCAAUAUCUUCAUCAGCGGUUAUCUGAUCGGCGCCUGCCCGCAGUACUUCUACAUGUGGUUCAGCGCCCAGCUGCUCUACUUCAUGCCCAUUCGCUAUUUCACCUACCACGCCAAGGGUUACCACUACUUCCUGGCCGAUCUGUGCUACUUCGUCAAUUUUCUCAAUAUGGCGGCCAUAUGGGUCUUUCCGAAUUCGAAGAGGCUGUUCAUCGGAACGUUUUGUCUCACUUUCGGUAACAACGCGGCGGCUAUUGCCAUGUGGCGCAACUCUUUAGUCUUCCACAGCAUGGACAAAGUGGUUAGUCUCUUCAUCCACAUCAUGCCUCCGGCCACUAUGCAUUGCAUCGUUCACUUGACACCGGUUGAGAUUCUCAAGGAGCGAUUCCCGGCUGUCUAUGCCAUCAAGUUUAGCAAUCCUGGCGAUCCGGAACACUACUCGCUCGGCGCGAUGAUUAUUUGGGCCACCGUGCCAUAUAUUUUCUGGCAGCUGAUGUACCACUUGAUGAUAACUGUGCGUCGAGCCGACAAAAUCGCCGCUGGACGUCCGACCAGCUUCACCUGGCUUCGAAAGUCGUACGCCAAGGCAUGGAUUGGAAAGCUCGUUCUCAGCCUCCCCGAGACGCUGCAAGAGCCGGCGUUCAUGUUGAUCCAGUAUGCUUUCGCCUUGUCGACCAUGACUCCUUCUCCAAUCUUCUUCUGGUACCGGUGGGCAAGCGGCAUCUAUCUGUCCGCCCUAUUUGUGUGGAGUAUCUACAAUGGCGCGACUUACUACAUCGACGUCUUUGGCAAGCGCUUCCAGAAGGAGCUGGAGCAGCUACGAAAGGACGUCCAGCGCUGGCAAAGCUCCCCUGAUUUUGCAACCAGCCCGCUGGUCCUUCCGGAAUACACCGGUCCUCGCAGUGGCGCUCUCGGCGCACCGACCGCUCCAAACCCCCUGGAGAAGCAGGACAGCAUCGACCGCAUCCCACUCCUGGACCCCAGUUCGGUUGUUUCGGCUGCUUCUACUGCCGUCCGGGAGGCUUCCAAAUCCUCCGACACUACUGUUCGAGAGAGAAACUAG